GUUCCCAGGCUAUCCUGUCCACCCAAAAGCAUGGGCUAUAUAAGGAGGAGGCACCCGUAUAGCUGUCUGAAAUACCUUGAGCCUUCAGUCCAGGGCAGUGAUAUAACAGGUUUCUGUGCUCUUUAGCUUCACAGACAGUCCAACAGGAUAGCCAUGAGUGUGAGCAGCGUACUUAUGAGUGGCCCCACCACUUUCAUGAAGAGGUCAUCAGUCCCCAAAGCCUAUAGUGUUCAUGGGGGAAUGGGGAGUGCUAGAACUCGUAUCUCUUCCUCAGGUCUCAGUGUCUCCUCCGGCUAUGGUGGUGGCUAUGGGGCUGGCUAUGGGAGCAGCUAUGGUGGGGGCUACAUCCUGAAAAAUGCGAUGGAUUUCAACACACUCCACCUGAAUGAAAAGGCCACCAUGCAGAACCUAAAUGACCGGCUAGCCAGCUACCUCGAAAAGGUGCGCUCUCUGGAGGCAGCCAACUCCAAGCUGGAGCUCCAGAUCCGAGAAUUUUAUGAGAAGAAGGGCCCGGCUGCUUCACGUGACUACAGUGCAUACUGGGACACCAUCAAUGACCUGAAGAAGAAGAUCAAUGCUGCCACUAUCAACAAUACCAAUAUCCUGCUCCAGAUUGACAACGCUAAACUAGCAGCAGAUGACUUCAAGACCAAGUAUGAUCAUGAGCUGAUGAUGCACCAGUCAGUAGAGGCUGAUAUAGCCAACCUUCGUCGCCUUCUGGAUCAGACCACACUGACUAAGACAGACUUGGAGAUGCAGAUUGAGGGGCUGCAAGAUGAGCUUGCUUUCUUGAAGAAGAACCAUGAGGAGGAGUUGGCAGCCCUGCGCUUACAGUUGACAGGGACAGUCAACGUGGAAGUGGACGCUGCACCUCAACAGGACCUUAACAAAGUUCUGGAGGAGAUCCGGUCCCAAUAUGAAGCCAUCACGGAAAAGCAUCGCCGUGACCAAGAGACCUGGUUCAAUGACAAGACAGCAGCCCUGAACAAGGAGGUUGCCAUUAGCACAGAGACCAUCCAGACCACCAAGACAGAAAUCACAGACCUGAGGCGAACCCUGCAGGGAUUGGAAAUUGAGCUGCAGUCUCAGCUUAGCAUGAAAGCUGCUUUAGAGAAAACAGUGGCAGACACAGAGGGACGCUUCAGUGCUAUGCUGGCUGGCUACCAAAACCAGAUCAACAUGUUAGAGGCAGAACUGGCACAAGUGAGGGCCAGUACAGCACAGCAGGGCCGGGAAUACCAGAUGCUGCUGGACAUUAAGAGCCGACUGGAGCAGGAGAUUGCCACCUACCGUAGCCUUCUGGAGAAGGAGGAGAACAGGGUUGCAGGGGGUGCUGGAGCCUAUGCCAGCAUGCAUUGACCAAGAGGCAGGAAUACACCCUGGACAGGCCGCCAAUCUAUCGCAGGGCACACAUAUCAUUCACUCACACACUCAUACCUAUGGGCAAUUUAGAGUCUCCAAUUAGCCUACUUUUAUGUCUUUGGACUGUGGGAGGAAACCGGAGUACCCCCGUGGACACGAGGAGAACAUGCAGAAUCCACACAGAAAGGCCCCAAGCCGAGACUCGAAUCCACAACCUUCUUGCUGUGAGGCGACGGUGCAACAUGCUGCCCUGCUUUGAUUUGAUGAUUUAUGUAUUCAUGCAAAAUCAAAGAAGCAUGUCAGUAUGAAAACAAUUAUUUCAUACUGCAACAUCUGAAAUCAAAUUGGUUCAUAAUAAAUUGAUGAUGGCACAGACGGCACAGAGGAGACAAGGUAGUAGUGGUGUAAAAUAGAGUGCAUUUUUCAAGCAAUGGAAUGAUUCAAAAUGAUCUGAUUGAAGCCAUUGCUUAUGGUGCAGGUAGAAAAGUGUGAAGUCAUCACUGCUCCUUUUUUGCAUGGCAAAUAGAUGAGAGAAUCUCCUGUAAAGCUCAGUUGUCAAUAAUUCUGAGUCAAUUGGAAAUGGUUGGUUGAAUGAAUUCAUUUGUGCAUAUUCACAUAUGAAAUGUUUAUGCAAAUAAAUAAACCUGCUUCACCGUCUUAAGUUGCCGAAGUAAGCAAACUGACAUUUUGUUACACAUUGUAGAUCUAAAUUUGGGUAGGAGGCUAAAGUUAUUUUUUUAAAUUUGUUUUAAAAAUUUUCAACCUUGUACACAUUGGACGUUCAGAUGACGUCAUGAAAACUUUCAUUCCGGCUCUUCGGAGCACGUCUUUUCAACGUGCGACAAAGACGUUCAAAAGACAUCUUUUGGACGUGUCUUUGCUCAGUGGGAGGGGGCAGUUAAUUCUUCACAUGCGAUAUGGGUGUUUGAAAACAUUUUUCAUUAAAUAAAUGAAAUAAUAAUUUGAACAAUGUAUUUAAAAAACCCUUUAAUAAAAGCUGAGAACCUGCACUUCAGCCACAUAUGAAUUGUUUGAUUACAAAUAAAAAUGAUGGAUUACAGUGCUAAAUCAAGACAAAAUAUGGCUUUGUCCCAAACAAUAAGGCAGUCAAUGUAUAAUGUACACUCAGGCAUCUGAAAUGAUCAAAAUGUAUUUAGAAUAAAAUUCAGUAAUCAGCAAGAAUGUAUACAAAAGUAUAAAUAUCAAUUCAGUAAUACAGAAAUGUAUUUUUUUGAAAAGGACUUUAUAUAAUCAUGAGGAAUCCCAGACAUACAUUUUCAAUGAGGGAGAGAUAAGUUAUUUUAAAAUAUCAUAAUCAUAAAGCACCACAGCACUCAAGCAAUAAUCUGGCCCUUUCCUGCCAGAGGAACAUUUUCAGAAAUUUUUGGUUUUUGACAUGCUUCCUAUCCCCCUUUUUAGUCCUUGCUCAUGAGGUUUUAUUUUUUUUUGUACUUUUUGAUUGUCUGCAAACUUUGGGGUGGAGUUUGCUGGACUAAACAUUGCUGAUUAGUCAAAAGCAAUAUUUGUGAGAAUCGCCAAACAGACAAAGCAAAGGCAACAGAAAAGCGAGCGGGUCUUCAAACAAAGGAAAAAUGUAAAUGGGAAAACAUAAUGAGACAAAAUCAUGGACCGAACAACACGGUACAAGCUUGAAUCAGUAUAAUAAUAAUAAU